AAACGGAUUGCGCCUCAAGUUCGACGCGCGUCUUUUUUCAAAACAACAUCGAGAAAUAGCCGUAAAGCUGAUCGUUUUAAGAUCAUUUACCGUGCAAGUGGCGAUGUAAAUAAAUACAUAUUACACAAAUAUUAACACUUGCUACGAGAAUAACUGAUAUGGUCAGUGGGAAAAAAACUCGUUAAGUUAUAAAUUACACAUACGACACAUCACACAUUUAAUAUUUAAAAUGAAAGUGCCCGCGCGCGACUCGAAAUAUUCGUUCAACUUGAAAAUAUUCAAAUUGCAUAACGACAAGAAAUCAUCAUCAACACACGCCUCGUUGGCUUCCACCGCCAGUCCACCGACUUCUCCAAUGAUCUCCACUAAAAGAAAUUCAUGGCGCACUUCGUGGCGUGCCGCCAUUGGAGUUGGCCAAAAAAGUAAAUCCGUCAACACCUCCACAAGCAAUAAUAAUGAUGAAAAUAAUAGUGACAAUUCAAAAGCAUCUUUGUUCAACGAAAAUUCAUUAAAUGAAUCAUGCAAUCAACUUAAUCUGAAUCCCGAUCGCAUUCCAAAUAUUGAUGAUAUGAUGUCGAUGCCAUGGUUUGGUAUGGACAUCGGAGGAACACUGACAAAAUUGGUGUACUUUGAGCCAAAGGAUAUAACGCCCGAUGAGCAGGAUCGCGAGGCGGGAAUCUUACGUAACAUCCGAAGAUAUUUGACCAAAAAUUCAGCUUAUGGCAAAACCGGUCAUCGCGAUACGCACUUGCAGAUGGACAAUGUUGAGAUUAGAAAGCGAAGAGGAUCUUUGCAUUUUAUACGCUUUCAGACCACAGACAUGGGCAACUUUUUGUCACUGGCCAAGCAGAAGGGAAUGGCCGAGCUGGUGACCACCGUCUGCGCCACAGGCGGUGGUGCGUUCAAGUUUGAAAAGGAUUUUCGUGAUCAGGUGAACAUGAAACUGGCCAAGUUCGAUGAACUAGACACACUGAUCAAAGGAAUACUUUUUGCCGAUAUGCACAAUGCUACUGAGUGCUAUUACUAUGAGAAUGCGCGAGAAAUUGUUAAGAGCGAGAAACGCGCCUUCAAUUUUUCACAGCCGUUUCCCUUUAUAUUGGUGAAUGUUGGCUCCGGAGUUUCCAUUUUGGCUGUCUACGGACCAGAUAAUUACAAGCGCAUUUCGGGCACCAGCUUGGGAGGCGGAACAUUCCUGGGACUGUGUUGUCUGCUUACCGGAUGCACAACUUUCGAAGAGGCAAUUCAGUUAGCCACAAAGGGUGACAACCGGAAAGUGGACAAACUGGUCAAAGAUAUCUAUGGAGGUGACUACAAUCGCUUUAGUCUACCCGGUGAUUUAGUGGCGUCCAGCUUCGGUCAGAUGCACAUUACCGAAAAGCGCUGUUCGGUCUCCAGAGAGGAUCUGGCAAAUGCCACACUUGUCACCAUUACCAAUAAUAUUGGCUCAAUAGCACGAAUGUGCGCCUUGAAUGAGAAGAUCGACAGGGUCGUUUUUGUGGGCAAUUUUCUGCGUGUAAAUCCCAUUUCAAUGAAACUGCUUGCGUACGCUAUGGAAUUCUGGUCGAAUGGUACCAUGAAGGGUCUGUUCCUGGAGCACGAAGGUUACUUUGGCGCCUUGGGUUGCCUGUUACAGUUUAAUGGGGAACUUGCUGCAGCUUUGAGCGAGAGCCUUGAUCAUCCACCACCACCAAACACAUGCACUACGCAAACACACUCCGGUGCGGAUCCGUCCACAGCACCCUCAGCUCCCUCACCCGCAACGGACAAGCCAAAUGAUAACACAAAUACCACAAGCAGAUAGUUUUCAGUGAAGGAGGCAACUUGUGGAAUGACGACAGAUAUGCAUUAGUUGCAUUUUCUCGCUAAUUAAUUAAUUCAAUUCAAAUGUUUGCUUAAGAAUACUUACACUUGUAGAGGAUGCACAAAUUGUAAAUGUAUGAAAUUAAAAGCAUAAAAGGGAUAAAGUGCCUGUUAAAACGCAACAAAAUUAGGGCUUCAAGUAAUGCUAAAGAUAACUAUAUACUUUCAACCUAACUAGAUGCCAAAUGUCAGCACAUUUCAAUUGUUAUUUUCGGAUUCUGGUAGUUAAUUAAAUUUGUUUUCUGAAACUAUUAAGUUAAGUACAUGUAUAAAAGUAUUACCAAUACUUGAACGCAUCCAAAGGCCGUGUAGUUGUCCGUUUAACGUAUCUCUUCUCUCAAAGAAUUUAACUUUAUGUGGAUCGUAGUCCAUUUGAAGCUUAUAUAUUUCCGGAGGAGCUAUCGUUCUAAGGAAAUUAAAUAUUGCAAAUAAUACUAAUUACAAAAUGCAAUACAAAAACAUAAUAAAUAUGCAUGCAUACACAUAAGUUUUUACCUUACACAUUCGUUAUGUGGAACAUUUGUUUUCAUUGAAACUUUUAAGGCUUCUUUGUUUAGCAUAAGUUUGUGGUUUAUUAAUGUAAGAUUUUACCUUGUCGACGAUUUCUACCAUAUAAGCAGCUCCAUGCAAUUUGUUUAUCGAAAACAUUUCGAUUGAAUUCAAAUAAAUACUAUAUAUCAUGAGGAUGAUCAAA